GCGUUGUGCUUUCUUUUUCGCGUUUGUCGAUUCUACGAGUGCACGAAAUUGUAAUCUGCCAAGAGUGCCAAGUUGCGGUUAGUUUCAGUUUACAUUGCUCUUGAUUUAAUUCUCUCGGAGGGCAGGAACAGAGCAAAUGGUGAAGUUUUCGCGAUAAUAGAGGCACUGAGGAAGGAGGAAGAAGUCUCAAUUUGAGGACGGCUAGGAGGAAAACGUUUCUUAAUAUAAAAUGGAUGCGUCAAAGGGCAUUUUACUGUUCAGCCUGGUGCUGAGCGUGGCCUCGGGUCCUGUUCAGAAGACUUCCAGCAGUCAGACCAUCAUUGGUCUUAUAGCCAAGGACACCCCGAAUUGCAAUUUUCCACCGAAGGAAAUGCUUAUGGAUAAUAGCAAACUGGGACCUCUGAGAACAUGCCGUAUGGAAUUUGAAGAAGAUCUAGUGACUGAGAAUCAAACUCUAGAAUUUGCCCAAAUCAAUCCCAACUACCUUCUCUGCAUGGGCGUUUACGACCUCUCUGUACAUGUUUGCAAAUCUGAUGUUAUUGAUUCAAAUGCUAUUCCUGCAACACCAGAGGAAUUCAUCAGUUUUUUCAAGGAUGAGGAUCAUUUAGAGUUAACCUGUGGAGAACUUUUGAAACCAGACCCACUUGGCCCAGCCAAUAAUGUUUCGACUCACUGGGUCAAGAUUCUGAAUGGCUUGUUGGAAAAGGAGGAGGAUUGCCAGAAUCUGUGCAAACCAAAAUUUGGAAAGGAGCAUGUCAACCCUCUUUGUAAUAUACUUUCCUGGGGCAGGAAAAAUCUAGCCAAAGAAGCUGCCGAUAAUGAAGAUGCUAUGGCGGACGAAAGCCUUACCCCAAACGGAGCUGCAAAGUAUGAUAACUCCGGACCAGCACUAAAACCUAGUUCUAGCAGCGCAAGCAGCAAAGCUGUUUCACAGUCUAUGUUAAGCAAAAGCUCCUCUUCGCUUUCCUCCUCUUCUUCGCCAGCCAUGGUUGCCGUCAAGACCUCUACAUCCGCGGUUAAAAAUGUCACAAGCUCUGAUAAUAAAUCUGCUGCCAGCUCAACUAUGAAGGCAACCAGCGCUCAAGCCAGCUCGACGGCUUUAAAUGUUAAUAACCUGGAACCUGAUUCACAAAAAGAGAAGAUCACAAGUACUCCUGCCAAGGAUGUGCUAUCAUCUAUGGCCAAUCUUGAUAGCACCAAUUAUAAUGGAAAUCAAGACGACGGAGAUGAUUUUGAAGGUGCUGGGUUUGACGAUAAUUCUCCUAAAGUUAUGCCUCAUGACACUCCGGAAGCUGGCCCUCAGAUGCCCAGCAAUGAUUUUUUUGCCCAAAAUGACCGAGGCCCGGAAACUGAAUCCAACUUUUCAUCAUAUCUUUUGACGGUGGCCAUUAUUAGUGUUGUCUGCUACUUGUUGUUCCACAACAAGCAAAAGAUUCUUGCUCUCCUGUUGGAAGGACGGAGGAAUAAUUCUGGCUCAAGAAGGAGACCGAACUCGUCCAACUACAGAAAGUUGGACACUAAUUUGGAGGAAGCCAUCACAUCUCCCGCACCGCAAAGCACCAAUUCACAUGUCAUCUAUUGAUCAAAGACUGCUGUGUAUGAUGCCAUUCAGUUUGCUUCAGACUCUUCCGCCCUGAUAUUUACUAAGGUUUGUGUUUCUCUGCUGCACUUUUUUGUUUUAUGCCGUACGAAUCUUCUGUGAUUAGAAAUAUUUAAACUUAGGAUAACUGAAUGAAACGACAAUGCUUUUAUGUUCAAUUAUCUUCAAAAUAAUCAACUGCCCAUUAAGUUUGAAUUUGGGUGGAUAUUUAUUUGCGCUUAAUUGAGAAUUUUAUCACGUUAACAAAUACUUAAUCAUUUAAGCAAUUUAUGUGUAAUGAAUAAAUCUUGAUUUAAACUCUCUA